AUGAGCUCAACGAUCGAACCAACCGAGGCAAAAGCUGUCGUACAAGAUACUUCCAGUCGUCGCCGCAACGAUGCUCCGACUUCAGCAUCAGUUGGUGAGAUUCUUUUCUUUUUGCUGAAACAUGUCUCCGAGCCGAAAUCGAAGAAGCUUUCAGCAGCUCAUGCAAUCGCUGCCACGGAUUCGACCGCUGCACCUCCAGCAGCAGCUCCGGAAGCAGUGCAAGCUGCUCAGCCAACCGAUUCUAAUGCUGUCGCAAACGUUGAACUUAAGAUUAUCUUCAAUAGUUUAUUUGCUGCCCCAGCAACAGCUGUCGAUGCGACAGUCGAGCCAGCAGCAGCGGCUGCAGCUCCAGCCGUGCCUGCUUCGGGAGAACAAUCUACACCUGUGAAGCCACGUGGAAAGCGCCCACGCCGUGAGACGCAGGUCUUCCAGUCGCCGGACUUCAAUUCCAACAAUAAGGCAUUACCUCCGCAAGAAGAAUUGAGGCAAGCGAGCACUGACUACAGUCAAUGUUAA